CUUCUCUGUCCCUGCCUGGUUCGUGUGUGUUUUGAUGUUGCUGGCUUUAUACUAGGAUAAAGCAACUAAAAAUGGCUGGAACUUCCUCAGUUGCUGGUGAAGUAUUUGUUGAUGCUCUGCCGUAUUUUGACCAGGGUUAUGAUGCGGCUGGUGUUCGAGAGGCGGCUGCAGCCUUGGUAGAAGAGGAGACUCGCAGAUACAGACCCACCAAAAACUACCUCAGUUAUUUGCCCACACCUGAUUUCACUACCUUUGAAACUGAAAUCAUGAGGAACGAGUUUGAGAGGCUAGCAGCUCGGCAGCCCCUGGAACUUCUCAGUAUGAAGAGAUAUGAGCUUCCAGCUCCAUCGUCAGGACAGAAGAAUGAUAUCACGGCAUGGCAGGACUGUGUGAACAACUCCAUGGCUCAGCUGGAACAUCAGGCAGUGCGCAUUGAAAAUCUGGAACUAAUGGCACAUUACGGCACCAAUGCAUGGAAAGUCUACAAUGAUAACCUGGCUUUUAUGAUUGAACUGGCUCAAAAGGAACUACAAAAAUUUAGAAAGCAGGUUCAGGACUUAAACUGGCAACGGAAGAAUGAUCAGCUUGCAGGAGGGGCAAAGCUGAGAGAGCUGGAGUCAAAUUGGGUGUCCCUUGUAAGUAAGAAUUAUGAGAUUGAACGUGCCAUCGUCCAGUUGGAGAAUGAAGUUGGACAGCUCAAACAGCAGCAAGGUGAUGAGAACAAGGAAAAUAUUCGACAGGACUUCUAAAAACUCAAACCUGCUACAAAUAAUUAAAUGUUGAACUUUGAAGAACACAAACCAGCAAGAACAGGACUAUUACUCCACACUUCACUAUGCCUUGGCUGUACAGCUUUUUAAGAGACCGUCUUUACAUUAGUCUCUGAGUGACCAUUGAAAAACCAUUAGCCAUUUUCAGAGCAUGUCCAGUCACUUCAAAGGUAAACUUUGAACUUUUUUUUUUUUGUUUGUAUUUCUUGUCAAUUAAGUAGUUCUGAAGUUAGGCAGAAUUAAGCAUAACUAAAGCUGCCGUCUGCCAAAUUCAGUAUUUCUUCACAUGAAGUACCUGUCCAGAAAAACAUGCUACCGUGUGUUUUAGUUCAAUUUCAUGAUGAAGGAAAAACAUUUCCAAACUCAUCACCUUCAACAUAGCAAAGUUGUCAUUUUUACUACUUUGUGAUUUAUAAAAAGGUUUGGGCAUGUUAUUGUUAUACUGUAUUUUUACACUAUUAUAAUAAAAUGACAAAUGUGCUGAGACAUGGUUGUUAGAGAAUUGUAAUUUUCCAACAUAAUGAAACAAAAAUGUGAUUGCAAAUUUUAACAUUGCAUGGUCACACCUGUUAAACUUAGUUUAGGUGCCUCUUAUCGCAAACCACAUUUUUCAGACUAGUGCAUGAAAGAACCAAUAUGCAUUUACAUUGGCAUGGCCUAGUAUCCAAGCAAUUAUCUGAUUGGCUGAGCUCAAGCGUUAUAUUGUAUUAAACAGUAGUAGGCUCUUUAAGAAGAGGAGGUUCGGGGGAACUCAGAAAAGUCUAUUUUAUUUAACCAGGAAAGACUCAUUGAGAUUCAAAAUCUUUUUUUUGAAAGUGUCUUGGCCAAUAUAGGCAGCAGCAAGUCAUUAGGGGAGACGGGGUGGUUGUAACAUGGGAUAGUUGUAACAUUUGCAAGGAGGUGAGGUACAAUCGUGAUUUACAGUGCACAUGCUCAGUCCCUGUAAUAAACUCUAAUGACUAAUGAAAGAAAUCA